GCUGUCUCUUGCUCCUCUUCGGCUCAGCCACUGCCUCCGCUCGCCAUGCUUUCCGUCCGCACCCAGCUCGCCACCAUCGCUGACCAGCAGCAGCUGCAGUUGUCGCCGCCUAAGCGACUCACCCUGGCUGACAAGGAGAACACGCCCCCGGCCCUUAGCAGCACCCGCGUCCUGGACAGUAAGGCUGCGAGGAGAAUCUUCCAGGACUCCACCGAGCUGGAAAGUAAAUGUCUAUCUACUAAGUCCAGCGUUGAGGAUGAGCCGUUACUGAGAGAAAAUCCCCGCUGCUUCGUUGUCUUUCCCAUCCAGUACCACGAUAUCUGGCAGAUGUACAAGAAAGCUGAGGCCUCCUUUUGGACUGCUGAGGAGGUGGACCUUUCCAAGGAUAUUCAGCAUUGGGAAGCCCUGAAACCCGACGAGAGACAUUUUAUAUCUCAUGUUCUGGCUUUCUUUGCAGCGAGUGACGGCAUACACCUGGUGUACAAGCCAUCGGAGCAGAGAGUAAAAGAGAUAAUCACCAACGCGGUUAGGAUAGAGCAGGAGUUCCUCACGGAGGCCUUGCCUGUGAAGCUCAUCGGGAUGAAUUUCACUUUGAUGAAGCAGUAUAUUGAAUUUGUGGCCGACAGGCUUAUGCUGGAGCUGGGUUUUAACAAGAUUUUCAGAGUAGAAAAUCCGUUUGACCUCAUGGAAAAUAUUUCACUAGAAGGAAAGACAAACUUCUUUGAGAAGCGUUUUCUUCUUCACUUUUUCUCUUAA